CUCAGACUCUGAAGAACCGGCCUGUGAUGGCGGCUCCUCGGCGGCUCCAGCCCGCUUCUCGUCCCGCUUCUCACUCCGGACCAGUGGAGCUCGGACGGUCCCACCGGGCCCAGUGCUCCCAGUGAAGACGCCAUCCCUCCAGGUUGCUUCCCUGGCCUUGCUGCUUACCCACAAUGCAUUGCCAGAGGCUUCUGUGUGUCUCCUACACUCCGCUGUAACGUUGCCAACACUCCAUCUUUAGCAGUUUGCAGUUUCUUAGCAGGAAGUUAAAGGAGCCGUCUUUCUGAAAGCAUGUCCGGCUCAGGGGAUUUACCAGCCAUUGAGGGUCCUGGGAUGGACGGGAUGAGGCUUCCCCUCGGGAUGACCCGCCGGGCCCUCAGCUACGACGACAACAUGGAGGCCCCCAUGUCCACGCCCCCCAAUGACAUCAGCAUCAACAACCUGUGGAGACGCCCCAUCAUCCCGGAGAGGAAGUUCUCAAAGCUGGCUGAGGAGGAUGAGAGCGGUGCAGUGAGUCAGCCUACGUUGCCGGACAGCGCCCUCACCAGGUCACCGAGCGUAGUGAAAACCAAGGCCUCUUCCGUCAUCAUGCACUCCCUCAUCACCAAGCAGACUCAGGAUAGUGUGUACAGGUUUGAGCAGAGGGCGGGCCUCACCGACAGCAGCUACACCCCCCACAAGGGCCUCACGGCGGAGGAGACCAGGCUCCACCACCGCAUGCCCGAGUCCCUCCAGAAACUACAGAUCCAGAGUAUGGAGGCGAAAGAGGAGCGUCAGAACUCCUCGGCUCAGUCCACUCCCUCCAGCACGCCGCACAACUCCCCAAAGCAUCAACGCAGGGGCUGGUUUGGGAGUUCGGGGUCAGAGGUCAGCAGCUCCUCCAACAGCAGCAUGGACAUGGGAGGAGAAGCGGGCGCGGUGGAGAAGUGGAGCGUGUUCUCCACUCGGCCCUUCCUCCACAAGUCGACCUCUGACCUGGGAUCAGAUCCGGCACCUGCAGCAGGCUUUGCUCUGCAAGCGUACCGUGGCGCCCAGAAGCCGACGCCCAUGGAGGUGAUGAAGUCGCAGGGCACGCGGAUGGCCGACGCCACCGACCCUCAAAAGGUGGCUCCGCCCAAGAUGGAGAUCCCCUCAGUGGAAGGUCGGCGGCAGGGGGCGCGACCUCACAAGCUCCGACCCCGAGACAUGAACGUCCUGACGCCCUCUGGCUUCUGAGUCUGUGGAAGCUGCUUUAGGUCCCGUGAGAUAAAAACCCCACCGUGUUGUUAGCAGGUAUCUCUGAACCCACAGUCACACAUCCACCGUUUAACUACAGCGUAUUCACCGAGGUAAAGAUCUGGGAACGCAGUGAUGUCGCUGAAGACAUGUUCCGAAACCUUUGUGACCGCUGGAGUCUUAGAUACGGUACAAGUUGCUUCCCUUUGUAAAUCAUUACAAAAUUAGUGACAUAAACUUGCAUAAAGGUCGCGAGAAAGCUAAUUUCCAGGGAAAAGAAAAUUGCACUUUCACCGGGGUGACACUAAUAUACUUUAGAUUUGUGUGCUGGUCAAUACCAGAGCUUCACAGUGGUCUUUUAUAAAGUAAAGACUCUUUCACGGGACCUUUAGCAGAAACACCAGACCAACACUGAGAUGUCCAUCAUCUUCACAGCUUUCCCAUCCGCGCUGCUUCGACGUAUUUACUGUGCUGCUUAGCUGUCAAAUCAAACAUUUCUCCUAGUCGUCACUCUCCUACCUGUUACAUGUGUCUGCAGCAUGUUGAACCGAGCCCCCCCGAGUCCAAACAACACGGAGGGCCACUGUCGGAUUUAUUCCUGAGAAAAAGUCGAGCUGAAGUUGAAGAUGAUUCUCUGUAAAACGCACUUUAUUCCCACUCGACUCAGAGCUGCUCUCCUGCAAACCAGCAGGUUGCUGUUGGUUUAAAUCUCUCAUUCCUGUUGUUAAUGGGUUCGUCUCACUAAGCAGAGCGGAGACAGGGUAGACUCAUAGUUGAAAAGAACAAAAAAAUAUUGAAUAUUUGACUCAGGUAAUUUGGCAGGUUGCUGCUCACUGAUUUGUUUUGUGUUACCGUUCUUCUCUAACAAUGUUUUAAUGUAUAGAAUUUGUUUGUUUUUUACCUGCCACUGAACUUACUAAGGACCAGAAGAAGAAAAAAGUUUCCACCUGGUGUGUGAAUAUGUAAAAGUCUGAGCUGCUUCUUUAAAUAAUGCAAAUGAGGAAGAAGGUUUAAAGUAGAGUCCAACCGACAUGGGGGAGAAAAAAGAUUUCAGAGGUUACGGCCGAUAUAUUUAUUUUUAUAAUUGGGUUCUGACGUUCAUCAAACUCGUAGGACAAAGAAAUGUUAACGAGACUUGGUAUAUUUUAUAACUUGACCAUAAUUUCAAAAUAAUUGAACCAUUAUUACAAAUAACUAUAAAUGAAAACAGAAAUACAACAAAAUGCACUUAUUUUCUGCAUUUACUCUGUAAAAUAACACAAACGCAGAUACCGAUGUGUCGGUAAAAGGCUCAUCUCCUUUGAUUUCUAUCGCCCAACCAUUAUAUCGGUCUGACUCUAUAUCAAAGCCAACGAGAGGUUUACGUUUUCUGACUGCAAAUAUGAAGGAUUUCUGUUUUUGAUGAUUUGAUUUGUGCUGUGUGCACUGACUGAAGAGAGAGAGAGAGCUGCUGUGCACGCCGGCUGUUACUGCAGUGAUCUUUUACUUUAAUUUAAUUUGUUGUACUCAAAAGAAGGUGAAAGAGCUUCACACACACACUCUCCUGCUUAAGUUUUAGGUGAAUUCAGUCGCCACAGUUCACAGGAAACACUGAAGAAGAAAAAAUCCCACCUCGCAAAAAACAAAAAGCUGAAAUAUAUGAUUUAAUUUAUAGACCACUACAUUUUCCAGUGAUUGCUCCUGCUCCCGAGGUGUAGAAGGUUUCUACAGUUUGCAAUUGGUUAUUGAUUUUUUUUAUGCAAGGUCACUGUCAGAUGGUUUAUUUGAGGGUUUGGUAGAGUUUGCAGUGAGUUGAGGUUCACUCUGAUGAUGAAAACACAGGCGGGUAGUUGUUAUUAUUUUUGCACUUUGAGUUAUUAUGUGGAAACAGUCUAUUUCCUGGUAGUAGAGUCUCUCCGUGUGUGACGUGACCUAGCAGAGUUUGUGUUUUAAUGGAGUGAACGUGUCACCACCUGUUCCCUUUUUCACGUGAACAAAGCUAAAGCUGGACACAAAACAAAACAAGCUCUCGAGCCAGCGACUGUAAAUAAGAAACUGUUUCUCCUCAGUUACAUGUCUUAUAGCUGAAGUGAUUUAUUUGUGUGUAAGUGACGCUGUUCCCUUUAAAUCUGUCCCUGACUGAAGCGACUCGUCUCACUUCCCUCUGUACCAUGACGUCGCACUAAGAGAUGAAAUCUGUUUCUGUUGAUCUGUUCAGAAUUUCUUCCAGUUACUGUUUGAGACAUUUGACUUGAUUUAUACAGUUUGUAUUUGGUUUAUUUCCCUUUUGCCAAAACAGUUUGGAAAUUGAAAAUAAAUGUCAGUCUCAUCACA